GUAGCAGAAGUGAGAAAAGGAGACCGCGAACGCCGCACGCUUCUUUUGGUCCUCCUUGGGAUCCGUAGCACGCAGUUUCACAACGUGCGAGCACAGUAGUGAUUAAACAGUAUAACUGCCGCUAGCAAAGACUCAGCGUUUUGUGUUGGACAUUUGGGUUGCUGUUUGCAAAAUAGAACAAUCAUGGCAGAAAAUCAAGAAGAGAUGUCUCCAAUUGAAAUGAAAGUGGCCCGACAAAUAGAGUAUUACUUUGGGGAUCAUAAUCUUCCAAGGGACAAGUUUCUCAAAGAACAACUGCAGCUUGAUGAUGGCUGGGUGCCUUUGGAGACAAUGCUUAAAUUCAACAGACUGAAGUCUUUAACUACAGAGAGCAGCAUCAUUGUUGCAUCUCUGCAGAAAUCAAAAACUGGCCUUCUGGAACUCAGUGAAGACAAGACAAAAGUCAGGAGGUCUCUAAACAAACCCCUGCCCGAAGUGAAUGAUGAAUACAAGGAUGCUCUUAAACACAAAUCGGUGUACAUUAAAGGUUUUCCUCUCAACAUUACCCUUGAUGAAAUUCUGGAGUGGCUAAAUGACAAAGGUGCCAUAGAAAAUAUUCAGAUGAGGAGAAACCUGCAAAGGCAAUUCAAAGGAUCAGUGUUCAUCUGCUUUGACACAGAAGAGUCGUCCAAAAAGUUCCUAGAACGCUCAGACAUAAAAACCUUCAAGGACAAUGAAAUGCUUGUGCUAUCCAGAGAGGACUAUCAUGCAAAAAAAGCAGAAGAGCGAAAACAGUUCAAAGCGGAGACGAAAGCAAAGGCUAGACAAGAAAAGGCGCAACAGCAGAAAGAUGUAGAAGAAAAAGAAAUGGGUCUGCUUUUGGAUGAACAGACUGGUUGCUUGUUAAAGUUUUCAGGAGAACUUGUUAAUGUAUCAAGAGAGGACUUUCAUCAGUUGUUCUCUGGGCAUGGAAAGAUAAAGUGGGUCGACUUCACAAGAGGAGCCAAAGAGGGAACCCUCCUUUUUGAUGGAAAUGCUAAGGAAGCAUUUGACAAGGCGGUAGAGGCAAACGGAGGGGAAUUAAAAAUAAAAGACAACAGUGUAGCAUGGCAGGUGCUCGAAGGAGAGGAGGAGAAGGAGGUGUUGAAGAAAAUCAUUGAGGCUCAGCAAGAAUCUUACAGCAGAUCCAGGGGCAGAGGUGGUAGAGGAAGAUCAGGUGGCAGAGGAAGGGGAAGAGGAAGAGGUGGCCGAGAUCAAGGCAAGAGUCGAUACCAAGGAAAGAAGACAAAAUUUGAAAGUGAAGAUGAGGAGGAUGAUGGUCCUGCAGCCCCAAAGAGAGAACUAGAAGAUGCCGAGGGCCCUGCAGCAAAAAUUGCUAAAACUGAAAAUGGAUCUUAGUCACAAGAUUAGACAGAAAUCUUUUUUUUGGAAAACAUUUAUUAUAAACAGUGAAAAAACAGAGGCAACUUAAAUCCAUUCCAGUCAAAGCUUCAGGCUUUGGAGAAUCGUAUGAAGUCCACCUGGAUAUCAACCUAAAGAACAAAGCUUGGUGUCAGAUUUCAGUCCUUUUGAGUCCCUGUAUAUUUUGCCUCUCUCAUUAUUUGUGUACUUGCGUUGCUCUUAACUUUUUUUAUCAUAUUCACCAUGAAGACAGUAAUUUAAUUUCACCAGGAGGACAUUAGGGUUAGUUUUGUAAGAUGUGUGACAGCUGCGGUGUGUGUGCCACACUGAGUGAUGAGAACAUUAGCUUUGCUAUUUUUUAGGUUUGCAAAUGUGGAUAGCAAAUAAAAGAUUUGUAAAGAUGAA